CUGGUAGCGAAGGGGGAAAUGCUGCUCAUGGGGGAACCACGCGUGCACGCCGUCCUGUCCCAGAUGGCCGGAGCCCUCCGAGCGCGAGACCCGGACCUUGCGAUCUCGAUCUUUAAGUUGGCCGUGGAGCGGGGACUGACCCCGGACGCCCACUGCUGCUCGUCAUUGAUCAAGGCGUAUGGGAUGAAGAAGCAGGCUGACAAGGCGCUGGAGGUGGUGAGAAUGAUGCUGGAACUGGGGGUAGCUCCCGAUCUGGUGACGCUGAACGCUGCCAUGGACGCCUGUGAGAAGGGAAAGCGGCCCGAGGAGGUUCUCAGGCUCUUUCGGGAGGAAGUGCCCAGGCAUGGACUGGUGCCUGACAUCUUCAGCUACACGGUGCUGGUGAACAUGUAUGGGAAGCGAGGGGAGCUGGCUGAGGCCUUGGCGCUGUUUGAAGAGGCGGUCGCCUGCGGUUUAGAGCCCGAGCUCCCUGCCUACACCGCCAUCAUCAAGGCGGCAGUGAAAAAAGACGACAUGGGGACUGCACUUGCCCUGCUGCGACGCGUAUUUGACAGCGGCUUGAGCCCGGACGCGCGUCUGUACAACACCCUGCUAUGGGGUCACACGAAGCGCCUGGAGUGGUCCAAGGCGAUGCAGAUUUUGAGGCUCAUGGAGGCGAAGGGCUUGGUGCCCGACCGGCUGACCUACAGCUACCUGCUCUCCUGUCUCGUCGACUGCAACCAAUUGGAGGUGGCACAAUCUUUGUGGCGCGAGAUGCGGGACAAGGGCCACGUCAAGCCGAACCUGGAGUUGUACAGCCUGGCUGUCGACAUGUUCGCCAAAGCCGGAGAUACUACUCAAGCCGUGACCAUCUUCAAAGAAAUGCGCCGCAACCGUGUGCAGCCAAAUCUUGUCACGUACACCGCCCUCAUGGAAGCCUUUGUCCGCGCAGGCUACCCCAUGGCCGCUCUGUCCAUCUCCGACGAGAUGCGGCGGAAGCCCGGCCUGGCCCGUGAUGUGACGAGCUGCGUAUGGCGUCUCAAAUGCUUCGUGGAACUAGGGGAUCUGGAGGGAAUCGAAAACUUGAUCCAGGAAAUGCAAGACAGUGGCAUUCAUCUAAAUGUGGUCGUCUACAAUCAAUAUCUGCGAGGCGCGAUGCGAAGCGGGCGGUAUGAGCUUGCUCUGCAAAUACUUUCCGCCCUAUUUGAGAAGAGGCUCCUUCCAAACCUGGAGACUCAUCAAUGCCUGCUCGAAAUGCCCACUCCGAGUACCGGAGGAGCAGUCAGCGGUCUCGCCCACGGUGAUGGUGUCGAAAGUCAGAUGGAGGAGGCACGGGAGCAACUUGUCAUGUUUUACCAUGCGGCCUUGAAAUUACUCGCGGAACAGAAAGUUCGGGCUCGGGUUAACCUUUACGUGGCGUGUCUGCAUGCCUGUUUGCGUACUGAUCGACUUGAUCUGGCAGCUGAAGUGAUGGCAUUGCGGCGGGCCAACACUUUGCAGAUCUUUCAGCUGUUCAAAAAGCACGAGGAGAAGGUCCACAGGUGGGAACGGAAAAUCGACCGGGAGCUGGACGCCCGGUUUUAUUCAAAUAAGAACCUGGUGUAAAACAUUGAGAUUUCUCUUCUGGAGGAAAUUCUUUGGAGGAAAUUCUUUCAGAGACAUUUGAAAAAGAGAAGACAUGCAAGUGAAUGAGGCUUGAAAUUUAGGGAGUAAAGAAACCGACGAUGAAAAGCAUUAAUGCACGCUGUGGGGUCGAAGGAGGUAAGAUUAUCUGCAGGGUCCAAUAAUUUGCUAGAAAGCUGCAGCGCAACCGCUGCAGGCCAACCGAGACCACUUUCGAUUCCAUGUAUGUUUGUUGGUGGUCGAGAUGGUUCGUUAUGCGACACGUGGCGAGAAGAAAGCUGCAUGCUAUAGAUUAGGUCGAAUUUUUUUGUAAAAUUAAGCUUGAGCUUUUUAAAAGAUAAGCAAAUGACAAGUAUCAAACA